UGGGGCUGUCAAAAUCCCGACUCAAGACUUCUUUAAGGCCGGGACACAGCUCCGCGCAUGCUCAUCAUCAGCCAGGGUGGCAAUACACACGUGCUUACGGCCAGCCGCGGCGCCUGCGCCGUAGCGGCCUGGAGUUGGUGCACUCAGGACGUCUCUCGCACCUUGACUCCUGCCCUCCGUGGGAGCCUGUUUGCGCUUAGUGUCCUGUGCAUACGCCUUGCAAGCGACGGCGCCAUGAGUCUGUCUUCCAGCGUACGAGUUGAAUGGAUCGCAGCAGUUACUAUUGCUGCUGGUACAGCUGCGAUUGGUUAUCUAGCUUACAAAAGAUUUUAUGUUAAAGAUCAUCGCAACAAAUCUAUGGUAAACCUUCACAUCCAGAAAGACAACCCCAAGAUAGUACAUGCUUUUGACAUGGAGGAUUUGGGAGAUAAAGCUGUGUACUGCCGUUGUUGGAGGUCCAAAAAGUUCCCAUUCUGUGAUGGAUCUCACACAAAACACAAUGAAGAGACUGGAGACAACGUGGGACCUCUGAUCAUUAAGAAAAAGGAAACUUAAAUGAACAGUUUUGAUGCUGCAAACCAACUAGUCAUGAUGUUACCUGAUUGUUUAAUUGGAAUGGCUACCACUUCUGUCUAUUUCACUUCCCCUGGGUUCUAGAUGUGAUACAUUGCAAAUUGCAGCUUUCAUACUCACAGCAUUUGCCUUACUUGUUGAACCAUCGUGGUACACACUUGUUUAAACAAAAAAAGGAAAAAGUAAAAACGAACCUUAUGGCCCAUGGGUUAUCUUGGUCUUGUAAGGAUCCGUUUCUUUACGUUUAAAAUAAUUAUAUUAGAAUAUAGUUGUAUGUUGAAGUUAAUACAUUAAAUUAUUCUCAGAAUGAUGUAUAUGUAGAUUGUACUUUCAAAGAAAAAUCAUCACCUUUUAAUAUUACUUAGUUAACCUAGAAAGUAAAUUGGGUGUGAUUAAGCUAUAUUAAUCUCUUAAUAUAGGAAAAACCUGUUAUGACCUUGAUUCUCUUCUUGACAAACAGAGGUAAUAAGAAAAUACAGCUUUAUGUUUUAGUUCUUUGGGUUUUGUGAGUCAGAAGGAAAAAUCAGGACAAGAUAUAUACAUAAUACAGGCAUACAAUUGAAAUUGACAAAGGUAAUGAAAAUAUUCCCAUCAUUUCUUUUAGUAUACAUGAAUUCUCAGCAGUAGUAGGUAACACGUUUCUACUUGAUAAAAUUCAGAAUUACCUUGGAAAUCACAGGAAUCAACAAACCAACUAUCAGCAUUCCUAUAUUAUGUAGGAUCACUGAUAUUUUUUUAAUGUACAAUUUUGUGUAUUACAGCACAUAAAGUUUAUACCAAAAUUGUGUAUACUGGUUUUAAGCAGCUUAUAGGACUUACUUAGACCUGUCUUUAAGGCACAUCUUCAAUACAAAAUCUAAAAUACUACAAACUCUGAUUCUACCUAUCAGUUCCUUAAGGUGAUUUUCUUUCCAUGCCUCUUCCUCCUGUUUUAAGUAAGUACCAGUGGGUCUGCAAAAGAAGCACCAUGCUUUUGUCAGACUCUGUGCUGACAGCUCAGAGCCUGGAGACUGCUUUGAAUUCUGUGUCUUCCUCUCUUCCUCUCCCCACCCCCCCAACCUUGUGCUGUCUCUCAAAAGUAAAUAAACAUUAAAUUUUUGGGUUUUUUUAAUUUAUUUUGAGAGCAGGUGAGAGAACAGGAGAGCGGCAGGGAGAGAGAAUCCCAGGCAGGCUCCACACUGUCAACACAGAGCCUGACAAGGAGCUCAAAUCCAUGAACCAUUAGAUCAUGACCUGAGCCAAAAUCAAGAGUCAGAGGCUUAACCGACUGAGCCACCCAGGCACCCCAAGAAUUGUCAUGCUUUUAAAUGUUAAUUGUUUAAAAAGUAAGUCCAUGAACUCGCAGUUUCUGAUACAGGGACAUCCUUUUAAUAGACUAAACGGUUUCCUUAACUUUGAAUUUGAAAUUGCAUUAUCCGUCAUGCACUUUUAUUGCUAGUGGGAGAGAGGGGGAAGAAAUUAGUGCCAAUUCUGAAAACUUUUUCAAAGUGAUAAGACUAUGUGUAUGUUUAUAGUGAAAUGAGAAGUGAUCACCUAAUUGAAAUGCAUAUCUACUGUAGCAUUUUGAUCAUCCAAAAUAUUUAGAUAAAUGUAUUCCCAGGGUCAUGUUAAAAUUUUGGUACAUGCUUUUGAGUUAGAAUUCCUUUAGAACUUUCAUGUUACUUAACCUAAAAAGGUGAAGUGGGUGUGGUUAAAUUAAUGUGAUGUUUUUAUACAAAGUCCUUGUGUGCAAAUACUGUUCUUAUUUAAGCACGCUGAAGCUUCUGAUUGCUUUUUCAUUUGAGAAAUCAGGCAAAUAGGGUUCCCCACACCACCACCAUCUUUUUGUGUCUGUACAUACAUGUUCCAGUGAUUUCCAAAAUAGAAAUUUGUGCGAGGUUGAGAGUUUUUAAUGUUACAAAGAAAUUUGUUUUGCAGUGACUGAAAGUGGCACUCAUCUGUGCAACAGACAUUUAUUAAGCAUCUUCCAUAAACCAUAUAAUUGAGAAUGAACAUUUUGGAGAAUUAAAAGCUUACAGAUAAGAUUAUAGCAUUUGUAACAUAGGUUAUAUAAUUAUGAUAACUUAUGUGUUGGGGUUUUCCUUCACAAAUUGUAGCAGGUACAGUUGUGUAUACCAAGACUUUAUACUACAAAGUACAUGGAUUUAUUUGAUUUUUUUCAUUAGUUAUGAAGGAUUUGGGUUUGGUUUGGUUUGGUUUUAAGAUAAACAUUGAUUUUGGUUCCUAACUGGCAACAUGUUUAGUGCUUGUGUACUGUGAGAGUAUGUUAUCUACUGGUUGUUAGAAGCUAUUCUUCACAAACUGAUUUCAGGCAAAGCCACUCACCUCUCAGCCCCUAAAAUGGUUGAACAAAAUGGCGUUUUAGGCAAUUUGUUUGCAAAUUCUAGGCCAAGCCUAAAUUUUCAGCAUCCACAAAGGAAAAAAGAAAAAGGCUGAUAGGUUAUCAGUUUGAAUUUAAUUUUUAUUAUAAGAUUAUUCCUACUUUUGUGGUAUUGAACUAUCCUUUUAUGAAAUGUUGAUGUAGUAUUAGUUGCUUUAAAUAUCUUUAAUUGGCAAAAUAAAAAGUUGGCAGCCCUAUAUUGGUCCCCACUUUUUUUUUUUUAACUACUCCAUGAAAUCUAAAAGUCUGGGAACCACUAAGCCAAGGUCCUGAGACUUAACUCUUUUAUUAAGGUAUUAAUACAGUUUUAUUCAUUUUGAUACUUUGUAUAUUUGAAUUUUUUUAAUGUUUAUUUUUGAGAGAGUGAGACAGAGCGUGAGUGGGGGAGGGCAGAGAGAGAGGGAGACAGAAUCCGAAACAGGAUCCAGGCUCUGAGUGGUCCACCCAAUGCAGGACUCGAACUCACGAACCAUGAGAUCAUGACCUGAGUCAAAGUCAGACGCUUAACUGACUGAGCCCUUCAGGUACCCCAAUACUUCAUAUAUUUGAAAUUUUUCAUAUAUGAUGAUUAGCACAAUAUUGAAGUUUUCUGCAAAGUUGUUAAUGUAUAAGAAUACAUUUUUAUUUCUGUUCAAAUGUACUAUCAUGGAAUGGAUCCAAACUGAGAGUUAAAACUACCCAUCCUAAUCGUUAAAGGAUUAAAUAAAAUACACAACACAGAGA